AUGAAGAGAGAUGCCACGACCGCCUCCGCCCCGCCCCCGACGGAGCACACGCCGAUGCUGCACCCACGCCCGGCGCCGGUAAGCGUGGACACGCUGCAGACACGCGAGGAGUGCGACGCGAUGCCGUUCUGGCAGCGCGUCUCUUCGCCGCUUCACCCCGUGUUCCUCACGAUGCAGGACCACUGCCACUACGAGUGGGUGGCUGUUCUGCUCUCAACCGUGUCGCUGGUGCUCCUCUUCGUAUUUGUGUUUUAUUACAACACUCCGCCGGUGCCAAUGAACUGCGUCACGUCUUUUGGGCAAUUCCUGGGGGAGAGCAACGGCGUGUUGGCCUUUAGUAAUUGCAACAGGGGCUAUGAAAAUGUGGAGGAGCAUUUCGUCCUUGUCAAGACUUCGCGAGUGUAUAGCGGCGUAAAGUGGAAGGCGACGGAGUACGCGCGGCGCUUUUGGCUGCUCACGAAACGUCCUGGUGUAGAGUUUGUGUCGGUCAACAACGCGGAGGAGAUAUGGACGAGUGUUGAGGAGGCGUCAUAUAUUGGCGGAAAACGCGCUAAGCUGAUUAAAAUCCCCAAUAUUCUCGGAGGCAGCGACAAACUCAACAUCAGCAAGGCAAUCAAGAAGUCUCAGUGGGAGUAUUCCCGCCCACGCGUCGGUGAUCUGCUGGUCUACGCGAGUGACGACAACCUGCCGGGGGGGCACGUCGCCGUGAUAGUGGACAUAGCGCACCAGUCGAACAGUAGUGGGAACAGGGGCACUCCUGGUAGGCACUACGUCAUCUACCUCGCCGAGCAGAACUGGGACAACAAGCAGUGGGUAGAUGUAGGCGCUGCGGCGCAAGGUGGCAUGAGCAGCAGCGGCACACCCGUGCCACGACACUACUCACGCACUGUGCUUCUGCACGAGGAGGAGGCCACGCGCACGAUGGGCGUGCAUGAUGUUGAGGGUACUGUGCUUGGCUGGGUUCGCGUGUAA